CCUGCAGACCCAGCGCAAAGUAGAAACUGAAAGUACAUUGCCGGCUGAUCCUACGGAAGUUAUGGGAAAGGCAAAGCGCAGAGCCUGGCCGUGGUGUGUGCCGCCCCCCUUGGGAUGGAUGAAGCAGCAGGCGCGGCGUGGGUGAAAGGAACCAGCCGCAGAGACCGCCCUACCCCGCACGCGCUCCCAGCAACUCCGCGGAAGACCAGGGGCCUGGCAGCGACUAUGGGCGGUGAGAGCUUGCUCCUGCUGCAGUUGCGGUCAUCAUGACCACGCCCGCCUCCCGCAGACCAUGUUCCAUGUUUCUUUUAGGUAUAUCUUUGGAAUUCCUCCCCUGAUCCUUGUUCUGUUGCCAGUAGCAUCAUCUGAUUGUGAUAUUGAAGGUAAAGACGGAAGAGAAUAUCAGCACAUUCUAAUGAUCAGCAUCAAUUACUUGGACACCAUGAUAAAAAAUCGUACCAAUUGCCCGAAUAAUGAACCUAACGUUUUUAAAAAACAUGCAUGUGAUGAUAAUAAGGAAGCUGUGUUUUUAUAUCGUGCUGCUCACAAGUUGAAGCACUUUGUCAAAGUGAAUAACAGUGAGGAAUUCAAUCUCCACUUAUCAAGAGUUUCACAGGGCAUGUUACAGUUGUUGAACUGUACCCCCAAGGAAGACAGCAAAUCUUUAAAGGAACAGAGAAAACAGAAGAGCUUGUGUUUCCUAGGGAUACUACUACAAAAGAUAAAAACUUGUUGGAAUAAAAUUUUGAGGGGCUCUAAAGAACAUUGAAAAAUAUGGAGUGGCAAUAUAAAGACAUAUGACUUUAGUUGUAUCUUCCAAGAAUCUAUUUGCUCAGUUUUUGGGGGUAGAAUACCCUAGAAGUGACAGAAUGCCUCCUGGUAAAAGUGGAUUACAGCAGCUGAGAAAUUCAUACAAUAGAACUAGAACUAGAUGGACGCAGCCAGUGGAAACCAAAUGCUGCAAUCAACAAACUAUUUUAUAUGUUUUUGGACAUAAUCAAUCAGUAUUAAUUCUGUGAUUUUUGUAAGAUAAUCCAUGUAAACUAUUAGUUGCAAUAAUACUUUUUAAACCUGUUUUACAAUUUCAGAAGAAGAGAUAAAAUCUGUGAAGUAUAUAAAGGUUGAAAGGAUUAAAAAAUAACAUUGCUUUAUUAUCAAAUUAAUUUUAUGCAUCAGCAUACUACAAUGAGAGUGGAAAUUGGUGUCUCUGUGCUGAAAAUGUUUCAGAAUUAACAGUGAGAUGUGGGUAACGUCCAUGAGAGGAGGAGUCAUAUACCUUAAAGCAGCAGCAGUAUGAAGGAGUACAAGAGAUUUAAGAGAGAGAUUAAGACAUGUAAUCAUACAUGAAUGUAUAACACAGUGCCUUCACUAGAUGGUAUAGAAAAUGUUUUAAGAUGACCAUAAAGGAUAGUUUCACAAAAUAGAAACUCACCUGUUCUAAAGAUGCUAAACCAUAAUACUGAGUUAUUUUGGUCAUUUAUAUGUAAUAAAAUUUGUCUAAAUGAGUUUGCAAUUUGGGAAGUAUAUUUUUAACAGAAUAAUAUAUGUUGACCUUUUAAUUAAUGAAAUGUGUAUAUUUAAUUUUGACACUGUAUCUGUUUUAUAUACAAAUAUUUUCAUACAGUAUUACAAACGUUGCUUAGUUUGGAUAACAUUCCUCCUUUGAUAAUAAAUGGCCUAUGUAAUAACACUGUCAGAUUCACUUAAUGCCUUUUAAAACAAGAUUUUAAUACUGUACCACUAUUUGAUCUCUCACUGUCAUUGAAUAUGUGACUUUUAAUACCUUAUUACUCAGAAUGUGCAUGAAACCAGGACCCAAAACUAUAUAAGAACAGGAACUUUGCUUUCUAUGUUAAAUUUUAGUCUUUUAAAAGAAGCUUUUGUAUAUACCACAUCCAGUUUAGAAAAGUCUGCCAAUAGUCUUUGCUUACUUAUAAAGGGAAAUGAAAAACCUAUUCUAGCCAGGCCAGAGUCCUUCAACAGCCACCACUUUGCUUAACUCACAGCCUUACUGCUCUUUUAUGCUUUCAUUACCACCUGGUAAAGUGCUGACCGGCUUUGAGCUUCAGAUGAGGCUCUGGUGCCAGUGUGUGGUGGUAAGACUUUCCUCUCGGUUCAGGUUUGUGUCCCUGCCUCUCUUUCUCCCUCUCCCUAAAUCCUAUGGCGUUUCACCCUCACUGGUGCAGGUAGCUGUGUAGAAUUGUGCAGACAGUUGUACAGAAUUCACUGACUGCUCCAUUAAUAGGGCUUUGAAUCAAGUAUGUUUUUUGUUUGGUUUUCAUUAUUAACUCUAGAAAAGGGAGCUCACACUUUCAGGAGCAAAUGAUUCUUCACCAAGCUCUUUCUUCAGAUGGACUUUUCCAAGUAAGCUAUGCUUCCUUCCACCAUAAAACAUGGUCAACUGUGUGGUACACCUUCACUCUGAUGAACUGGUAUUGUCGGUAAACCAUCAGCUGUAGAAAUGAGGGAAUUUUAAGUUUCUAAGGCAAGCUUUUCAAACUGUCCUUGAAAGUGUUCCUUGAAGCCUGUCUCAAACAUCCCUAACAAGUGUUGAAAAUGAUUCUGAGA